GUGGCCAGCCGCCGCCCAUCUCCCGCACCAUGUCGGACGGCGAGGGCCCCUCAGCCGAUGACAGCGCCUCUGCUUCAAGUAGCAUGGAGGUGACGGACCGCAUUGCCUCACUGGAGCAGCGAGUGCAGAUGCAAGAGGAUGACAUCCAGCUGCUCAAGUCAGCCCUGGCCGACGUGGUUCGGCGGCUGAACAUCACUGAGGAGCAGCAGGCCGUGCUCAACAGGAAAGGACCUACCAAAGCAAGACCACUGGUGCAGACCCUGCCUUUAAGAACCACCGUCAACAACGGCACUGUGUUACCAAAGAAACCCAGCGGCUCUCUGCCGUCCCCCUCCGGGGCCAGGAAAGAAACCACCCUGCCUGCAGCCAAAAGUCUUCCGAGCGGGUGUCUCCCGGGGGUCGGAGAGAAAGCUACGGGGAGUCCAAAGGAAACCGGAACCGCACGGGCUCCACCAGCAGCUCUUCCAGUGGCAAAAAGAACAGCGAAAGCAAACCCAAGGAGCCCGUGUUCAGUCCAGCCCUUCUGUCUCUGUCUCCGAAAUCCCAAGGGAAGCGCCGGGUGACGCACUGCAAAGAAGAAGGAUAUGUAAAAAUGUUUCUCCGUGGCCGACCUGUCACCAUGUACAUGCCCAAAGAUCAAGUGGACUCUUACAGCCUGGAAGCAAAAGCAGACUUGCCAACCAAGAGGCUUAAGCUGGAAUGGGUCUACGGGUACAGGGGUCGGGACUGCCGUAACAACCUGUACCUGCUUCCGACGGGGGAGACCGUGUACUUCAUCGCGUCGGUGGUGGUGCUGUUCGACGUGGAGGAGCAGCUGCAGAGGCACUACGUGGGCCACAGCGACGACGUGAAGUGCCUGGCGGUUCACCCCGACAGGAUCACCAUAGCAACAGGACAAGUCGCGGGCACGACCGACGGUGGAAGGCAACUGCCCCCCCAUGUGCGCAUCUGGGACUCCGUGACGCUGAACACCCUGCACGUCAUCGGAAUAGGCUUUUUCGACCGCGCUGUCACCUGUAUCGCGUUCUCAAAAUCUAAUGGAGGAAGCCACCUCUGUGCGGUCGAUGACUCCAACGACCACGUGCUGUCCGUGUGGGACUGGCAGAAGGAGGAGAAGCUGGCCGAUGUCAAGUGUUCCAAUGAAGCCGUCUUUGCUGUGGAUUUCCACCCCACGGACACCAGCGUCCUCGUCACCUGUGGGAAGUCACACCUCUACUUCUGGACACUGGAAGGGAGCGCCCUUAUUAAGAAGCAAGGGUUAUUUGAGAGACAGGAAAAGCCAAAGUUCGUCCUCUGCGUGACUUUCUCUGAAAACGGCGACACCAUCACCGGAGAUUCGAGUGGCAACAUUUUGGUGUGGGGGAAAGGUACAAAUCGAAUAAGCCACGCAGUCCAAGGGGCCCACGAGGGUGGCAUUUUUGCACUUUGUAUGUUACGAGACGGCACCCUGGUGUCAGGAGGAGGCAAAGACCGGAAGCUCAUCUCUUGGAACGGAAACUAUCAAAAACUGCACAAAACCGAGAUUCCAGAACAGUUUGGCCCCAUACGGACCGUGGCUGAGGGGAAAGGUGACAUCAUCCUCAUAGGCACCACCAGAAACUUCGUCCUGCAGGGCACCCUGUCAGGGGACUUCACGCCCAUCACUCAGGGCCACACCGACGAGCUGUGGGGCCUGGCCGUCCAUGCCUCAAAGCCUCAGUUCUUGACCUGUGGCCAUGACAAGCACGCCACUCUCUGGGACGCUGUUGGUCACCGGCCCAUCUGGGACAAAAUAAUAGAGGAUCCAGCUCAGUCUUCUGGUUUUCAUCCUUCAGGGUCUGUGGUUGCCGUUGGAACACUGACUGGCAGGUGGUUUGUGUUUGACACAGAAACGAAAGACCUGGUCACCGUGCACACGGAUGGAAACGAGCAGCUCUCCGUAAUGCGCUACUCGCCAGAUGGGAACUUCCUAGCCAUAGGCUCUCACGACAACUGCAUCUACAUCUACGGCGUCAGCGACAAUGGGAGGAAGUACGCCCGCGUGGGCAAGUGCUCGGGUCACUCCAGCUUCAUCACCCACCUGGACUGGUCCGUGAACUCACAGUUCCUCGUGUCAAAUUCCGGAGACUACGAAAUCCUAUACUGGGUCCCCUCUGCCUGCAAGCAAGUCGUAAGUGUGGAAGCCACGAGGGACAUCGAGUGGGCCACGUACACCUGCACUCUGGGCUUCCAUGUGUUCGGAGUGUGGCCAGAGGGCUCCGAUGGGACCGACAUCAAUGCUGUCUGCCGGGCCCACGAGAAAAAGCUCCUGUCCACUGGCGACGACUUCGGCAAAGUGCACCUCUUCUCCUACCCCUGCUCACAGUUCAGGGCUCCAAGCCUAUCCGGCGGGCCCAGCAGCCACGUCACCAACGUGGACUUCCUCUGUGAAGACAGCCACCUCAUCUCCACGGGCGGGAAGGACACGAGUAUCAUGCAGUGGCGGGUAGUCUAGUCCCGCGGGACGUGGGAGAGACGCGUGCUGGGGACGCUGACUCGCAUCGCUCUCGGUCACUGUGAUUUCUGUUUUGUUUAAAAACUUCUUACAAACCUCAGGAAAACUGUGCCCGCGCCCGGUCACCUUAGCUUAGCCGAUCAGCGAGCGCCCCCUGGGGGCGCGGCCCGUGCUCGCUGUUGUACUCUGAAACGGCACGUGCGCAAUGGCUCCACGUUUACACAUGGCGGCACCCCAAGUAACUGGGAUACCUUUAGUAACUUUUCUAUGAACUCGAAACACGGUCACAGAAUGCCUUUUCCACUACUGUACAUAGUCCCCACGAGCUCACCGCCCAGCUUUCUCGGCCAGUAUGUGAGGAGGGGUACCGAGCCCGGGAGCGCUGGUACGGGUCGGUCCUGGAAGGCUAACUCGGGGAGAGGAGAGCCAGGAACUGGUCUGCACAGCGGGGUGAGGAAGUGAGAGGGGAGGCUUCCCUGGGCUCUGUCGUCGGAGCUCCCAGGAACACCGUGGGGGAGGUGGUGGAGCGGCUGCACUGUCUCCGCAGGGUUCGCUGGGCUGUCCCGCCUGACCAGAACACCUCCGUGCGUUGCGACCUCGUCCCCGUCCACCUGUCCCGAUGCGUGGUGGGACUGUAGACACCUUCCUCUGUAUAUUAACUGGCAUGAUACGGUAUUGUACUUGUAUAGGAUUUUAGCGAUUCUUAAUAAACGCGUAAGGCUAGGCUCUACUGUUCUAUGCGAUGGGCAGUGUACAUUAGUAUUUGACGACCAAGUAGACCAAGUCAAAAAGGCAUCUGUUAGUGAACCAUAACCCGGGUGGGGAGAGGGCGCGAGGCCUCACCAGGUGCAGAGGGCUCCUUCCUGCCUUUGGUGUGCGGCUCAUCACAUAGGAAGCGAGACUGCGCCCAGCGAGGGCCGCGGCGCCGCAGGCAGUGUCAAGAAGGCCUUAUCCACAUCGAUUGUGUGGCAGGUGGAAAUUCAUUGUUUACAUUGGGGAAUGUACCUCGGAUUUUUAAAUAGAGGAGUCAUAAAGAGACUUAAAGACAAAUAUUAAGAUUUUUACUCGUUCCAGGCAAGUAAAAGAGUCGAAUUGUCUGAACUCUGGCACUGGUUGUUUCGAGUGGCUGAUUAAGCACGUUUGGAAACGUUCCCCGUGACACCUCCCGCCUGCCGCGGCAGGGCGGGGCACCGGUGGACACCAUGUAUUAAAGAUGAUCUGUUUGUAUGUAUCCUUAUCAAAUAUAUUCUAUAAAGAAAUAAAAUCGGAAAAGCAGAUUUCUUAUUGACCUAUAUUCAUGAAAGUAUGUAAAUUAAAAUAUUUAAAGUUGGA